UCAUGCCCCAAAGAGAGUCUGAUGGAAAUGGAGUUGCAAUUGCAGUGGAGCACAUCGAAGUUGCAUGAAUUUUUAGUGCUCUGAGCGACCGAAAUACAAUAAAAAAUAUUUUGUAGCAUGGUUUUUGUUUCGGUUUCGCUGUGCUCGAGAUGCAAUUGCCAAUCGGGGACACACUUUAAUAUCGGCAAAAAAAAAGGGAAAAGCAGGCCAGCCAUAGCAAUCAAAGCUGAAAUAGCCGUGCACACACUGAAAUAUUCUGUUCUAUCGAAUGUCAUUCGGAAAUCAGAAAUGGCACCAGUUCACAAAGUAAUAAUUGCAGCGGAAGCCGAUCCAGUGGUAUCCUCCGAGGAUGUGUACUGCGUUUGUCGCCAGAGCCACAGCAAUGGAUUUAUGAUAUGCUGUGACAAGUGCAACGAGUGGUUCCAUGGAGAUUGCAUUGGAUUGCCCGCAGAUAUUGGGGAACAGCACGACACCUUCUACUGCAGCGAAUGUUGCAGCCAAAAUCCCCUACUGAAGUCCACCUAUAAGGCAAAUCCACCGAAUCCAAAAACUCCAAAAAAAGCCAGGGUUAUCAAUUCAGCCGGAGUCAAGCAGCGACCACGCAGGAAAUCCACGAUUCUCCAGGACCCUUCGGAAGUUCCCAUUCCAAAAACUCCGGCUGCAAAGACUCCAAUGCGGCGCAGAAAAUCCACGAGGAUAGAGGUCCAGGAAGCAGCCAAGAUCCUUAAAGGGUUGACGGAAGAUGUUGAAGAAUAUCCCGAACAGCCAACAGCAGCAGAUAAAAAGGUGAAUCUAAAACCAAAAAGAAGUGCGAGGAACAAGGAACCAAUGCCAGUAGACGAACUCAUAGAGGAUGAUCCAAAACCAGCUGAAAAAGCCAAAAAGUUAGAUCCGAAAGCACUAGAAAAGACCUACAAAUCAAUAGGAAUUCAAUGCGACUUGUUCAGGGAGAUGGCUCAGCAAGUUCCCAUGCCAUCCGAUAACUCUGCGAAGAAGAGGGGCACGUGCUUCACAGUCUUUUGCACCCAAAUCGCACGACCCGAUUCAAGAUACUGUUGCGAUGAGUGUGGCAACUUCACCGCACUCACAAACGCAUUCGCUUUGCGCCUUUUGCCCAAUAUGCCAGCUGGUAAGGUGGCCAUGGCACCCGUUGGUUUUUUGGUUCCAGACAAAAGUCAGCUAUCGGACAGUGACAAAGACUCUACACAUAAUCACAAGUCAAACAAAAAUUCGCAGCCUACUGAGCCAGAAGUGGAAAACGAAGCGAAGGCUAGAAGGUCGAGAGCGGAAAGAAGGAAAUCGAGAUGUCGUAGUUCUAGCAAUAGCUUGGUAAAAAGCCCAGAUGGUCGCCAAGCACCAGCUAAAAAACCCAAGCUCGAAGAAGAACUUUCGUCCUUAAGGUCUAGAAGCUCACGAAAGACAGUUGCGGAAUCUCGAGACAUUACACGACCAGAUGGUCGCCAAACACCAGCUAAAAAACCCAAGCUCGAAGAAGGACUUUCGUCCUUAAGGUCUAGAAGCUCACGAAAGACAGUUGCAGAAUCUCGAGACAUCACACGACCUGAAACGGAGUCACAACAAAAGAUUGCCAAGGAAUCUAGCACUAGUUCCAAGCGAAUUUGUUCUAAGACUCCUUGCGGAUCACCCAAGACAUCCAGACCUUCUAAGAAUGUAUCCAAAACAGUGCCCAACAGUCCAGUCCCCCAAAAGAAAACUUCUAAACAAAAACAUGCCACUAAUUCCCCACCACGCCACAGAAGAGAGGGCAGAACACGAAAGCAAUCUCUGGAUGGUGCAUCACCUUCAGAAUCAAAAACGGCAAGUAGUAGUAGUACGGCAAGUUUGGAGUCUUCUUCUAGAAACAAGAGAACCGUGCCAGCGACAUCCAACCAAAAAAAAAGAAAGCAAUCAUUUAGCGAAGCGAUAAACUACGAUGCCACACUUGAGAAUAGCGAGAAAGUCAAAACAACAAGAUGCAUAGUGUCCAAUAAUUUGCCAAAAGAGAAGGCUUUGAUGGCCAGACAGAGGAUGAUGAUCAAGAUGAGCUCGGAAAAGCAGUCGCAACAGCCAUCAGGUGACUUACAAAAGGGAAAACGUAAGGGACAAUAAAUACUUGAAAUCCUAACCACUAUAUACCCACAAAAUAAACAUCUCAAAUAAAUAA